AUGAUGUCUGGAGGGUAUAAACCGUCGGGACAACUCAAUGAGCGGUCGCAACGAUCUGUUUUCGUCGGAAAUAUCAGCUACGAUGUGACAGAAGAGACGAUUCGAGCGAUUUUCGCAAAGGCCGGACAUGUGAUGUCGAUCAAAAUGGUUCACGACCGAGAGACUGGAAAACCGAAAGGAUACGGAUUCAUCGAGUUUCCAGAUAUAAACACUGCUGAUACAGCUAUUCGUGUGCUUAAUGGCUACGAAUUGGGUGGACGUGUACUCCGUGUCGACAGUGCCGCCGGUGGGAUGAAUAUGGAAGAGUUCGGAUCGACGAACACUGGACCAGCUCCAGUCGAGGAGAAUCCGUAUGGACCGGAGUGUGAUGCUGGAAAAGCACCGGAGAGAAUCUCCCAAACCGUCGCCUCGCUGGCUCCUGAGAAAAUGUUCGAAUUGAUGAAACAACUCCAGGAAGCACUCAAAAACAACCCGGCCGAGCUGAACAGCGUUCUCGUCGAGAAUCCGCAACUCUCUUACGCAGUUCUUCAAGCUGCCGUCGUGAUGAGAAUCGUCGAUCCACAGACUGCACUCGGACUUCUUCAUCGUAACAAGGCGGCCACCAUGACUCCAUUCCAUCAAACUGGUGCUCCAGGAGGUGUUGGAGGAGUUCCGCCACAAAUGAUUCCACCACAACAGUCACAACAGCAAAUGCCACUGCCGAUACCACCGAAACCGACUUUUGCUCAUCCAGGCGUCGGACCAUCAAUGGGACCACCAAUGGGACACCCUCAAGGACCACCUCAAUACGGUAGACCACCAAUGCUUCCAACACCUCAACAACAACAACAAUACAUGCCACCACCACAACAACAGAUGCCACUACAAACCAGACCGCCCGUCCAACAUCAACCACAAGAGGACCAGGAAGAGCAUCAGAAUGCGCAACUCCUGAUGCAAGUGAUGCAACUCAGCGAGCACGAUCUUCAAAUGCUUCCGCCUGGUGAUCGUGACAAGAUUAUCGAGUUGAGACAACAGUUGAAGAGAAAUGUCAAGUGA